GUUAGGACCCAGUGGCGGAUAUGCCUGCGCAGUAAGGGAGUGGACACAAGCAGCAGAACCGGAUUGACAGCUUUCCACGCACAAAUCCGGUUGCAGAAGCGGAGAGACUGCGCCAUUUAUCUCCAGCUGGACUCUUAUCGCUCUUUCCUUCUAUUUGUUUGAAUCUCCACAUUUCACCAUGUUUAACAUGAAGAACAUCUUGGGUGGAGGCGGCGGGGGCGGCGGCUUGGCUGGCCUACUACUGCAGGGACUGUCCGGCGUUAUCAGCCAAAUGGCAAGUGGUCCGGCUGAGCAGCCGCGCCAUGUUUCACAGGUUGAGGCCUAUGAGAACGAUGAAGAACGAAAGUUUCGUCAGAUCUUCAAAAGUCUGGCUGGAGAUGACAUGGAGGUGAGUCCAGUGGAGCUGAAGAACAUCCUCAACAAAAUUGUAUGCAGACAUGCCGACCUAAAGACUGAUGGCUUCAGCCUGGAGUCCUGCCGCAGCAUGGUUGCUGUUAUGGAUGCUGACAGCACUGGGAGGCUGGGAUUUGAAGAAUUUAAGUUCCUUUGGAACAAGAUUAAGAUGUGGCAGGGUAUCUACAAAAGAUUCGACGCCGACAAAUCGGGAACAAUUAACAGCCAGGAGCUGCCUGGGGCAUUCAAAGCUGCAGGAUAUCCUCUGAAUGAUCAACUUUACCGAUUGCUGUAUCGCCGAUAUGCCAAUGAAUCUGGUGACAUGGACUUUGACAACUACAUUGCCUGCUUAGUCCGAUUGGACGCAAUGCUGAGAUCAUUCAAAACUUUGGAUAAGGACAACAAUGGCUCCAUCAAAGUUAACAUAGUGGAGUGGCUGCAGCUCACCAUGUAUUCUUAAAGCACUCGUCUCGGGAUCAGCCCUUCAAAGAGAAUGGAAGACCUCAUUUGCUACUCAUCUAUCAGAGAGCUGGAGAAACGGUCCUUCGUUUGGCUGGGUGGGGGGGGGUGGGGGUGAAAUUAUAUUUUUCUGCAUGUCGGCUUUUUAUAGUUACGGAGAUAUCUGCGAAUGUCAGCUUGUUGGGAAGCUGGUGGCUAAUCUUGACCAUUCUGAAAUUCCGCACUGCUUCCUUCCUGAUGGCUGCGAUUGCCAAAAUUUAAAAAAAAACCAUGUUUGAGGGGAAAGGUCCUUCUGUGAGAGCUUUGAAAAUGGGAGGUGAAGGAACAGGGAAUGCUGGAAACACAGAUCAGGUCCCCUCUGUUCUCUCCACAGACGCUGGUAGACCUGCUGUUUUUUUUUUCCCUCCUCCUUGUGAAUUUCCUGUUUCUGAUUCCAGCGACUGCAGUAGUUUAUCUCUUGUUUGAAUCUGCUAACCUCAACGUUUCUGUGCGCGUGCCUAAAAGGCGAUGCCUUUUUGAGGAAGUCAACCUUUUUAAACAAUGCAAAGGUCACUUGUCAUAUGUAAAGUUGUAGUUUUACCCUGUCCCCUCUCACAUUUGAACAUUUGUUGGUCUCUCUUUGUGGGGAAGCCAGUUUUGAAGCAUUGCUGCGUAUCUCUUUUAAACUGUUGGGGGAUGUUGUGUGCCAAGCAGCAUUAAUGAAGGGGAAGAGCAUAAUUGUUUGAGACCAGGUCUCUCCCUCUAGUAAUUGGAGCUUUGGAAAGGUCAAGUUUAUUUUUGCAAUCCUGUGCUCUGGGGGAAUCGUAAAGGUGCUUUAACUGCUGUCAUCCAUCUGGACUGAUCUAUGGAAUGCUGUCAUCUGUUUGAAUGCUAUUGGAUCUUGCUGGUUUAUUUCUAAUGUAUAAACAAAUUUAUGAUCCCAUGGCACCAAGAGCCAGUAUCGCUUCCUAUGAUUUCUUUGCAGCCUUUUUCCAUUACCUAAAACAUGAGACCCGGCAAAGAUCGGGUGGUGUUGCAAAAGGUGCGAUGGUCCCAGAAUCAGGAAUUUGAAAAUGCAUUUCCUUCACCCUGUGAGGUUUUGAAGGAUAUGCCCUAAGCCAGACUGAGCUUAUACCCUUCUCGUUUCCAGAGACCCAUCCAACAUGGAGCUGAUCAUAGAGCCAUAAUGGCUCACUGUGGAGCAGUCUAGUCAGUCUGGUCAGUCUUUCUCUUUACACAGCUGGAAUCCAACUGUUCAGUACCAUGACAUGUCGAUGCCAACGGUUUUCUGUUUAGUUUUCACUCGAUCUGCGAUCUGUAUGAAAACCCAUACUCCAUCCCUCUUUUAAUUUCAUCUGAAGGGAAUAAGAUAAUCCCAUUGUCUUGCAAUGGAAGUUGUUGAGCAUAUUUAGCUAGUUGACCCUUUUAGCCACUAAAAUGGGCCAUGCUUUUUCUUACCUGAGGCUUCUGGAUCAUUGGUGAAUUAGUCCUUCUGUUACCUGUUCUUGGAGCAUUGCCAAAGUGUGUGGUUCACUGGAAUGUCUGCUGGAGUCCGUCAAAGAUGAAUCAGAACUGCUGAUUGUUGAACUGGGAACAUCAAGUCCCAAUUGCUGUUUUGCCAAAAGUUAUCAGAUCUUUUAAUGCUGAGGUCUUGUUGGAAAUUGAGUGAUUGUACCUGCCAAUGUGUAACAGACAACAGUGAAACUAGUGGGGUAAUAAAUAGAUUCAAAAUUGCUAACCUGCACUUGGUGCUGUUAACCUGUUUUGUGUUGUUCUCAUUUCAACGGCCAUGCUUUGGUUUUUAAUAAAAGAAAAUCUAUUAACCUUUUUAAAAAGAAGUGUAUAUUUUACCAAAUGUACAUGUAUUAAACAAACACUAAAUUGA